CUAAACCAUUCAUUCAUCAACGUAACAAAAUUUUCCAUCAUCGGAGAGAUGUGGAGGAGGUGCUGUUACUCAAUCUGCAUACCGAUCCUAAUCUCGUUGCUUUCUAACAAUCUCAUUAUCGCUAAAGCUACCGAGUCGACUCAGGUGAUUCUCCUCCCGAGUCAAAUCGAAGAUCGUACAUGCUCGGCGCCGGAUCCGAACCUGAACGAGAAGCCGAUCAUCGGGAUCCUGACUCAUCCCGGAAUCGGAACAUUUGACGCUGCUCAUCAUCACUCUAUGAGAUACGAUAAGAACGUAUCGUACAUCGCAGCGUCGUACGUGAAGUUAGCGGAGACAGGUGGAGCUCGCGUGAUACCGUUAAUCUACAACGAGCCUGAUGAAAGGCUGUUUCAGAAGCUAGAACUGGUCAAUGGAGUGAUAUUCACUGGUGGCUGGGCUAAAGAAGGAUUGUAUUAUGAUAUCGUCGAAAAGAUCUUCAAUAAAGUUAUAGAGAAAAAUGAUGCCGGAGAGCAUUUUCCUGUGUAUGCCAUGUGCUUGGGCUUCGAGAUUCUAUCAAUGAUCAUUAGUCACAGACGAGACAUUCUUGAAAGGUUUAACUCAGUGUAUUAUGCAUCAAGUCUCCAAUUCAUUGAGAAUGCUAAUAUAGAAGGAACCCUUUUCCAAAGAUUUUCUCCAGAGCUGUUGAAGAAAAUCAGUACAGACUGUUUGGUUUUGCAGAACCAUCAGUUUGGUAUCUCACCAGAUACCUUUCAAGCCAGUCCUUCUCUGUCUAGUUUUUUUUACAUCCUUACUACCAGCGCUGAUAAAGACGGUAAGACUUAUGUAUCAACUAUUCGAUCGAAAAGAUACCCAGUGACAGCCUUCCAGUGGCAUCCAGAGAAAAAUGCAUUUGAGUGGGGAUCAUCUGAGAUUCCACACUCUGAGGACGCAAUCCAGGUGACUCAGCACGCUGCAAACUAUCUAGUCAGUGAAGCUAGAAAGUCACUCAACAGACCAUCUCAUGAAGAAGUGUUAAGCCAUCUCAUCUACAACUACAAGCUAACGUACUCUGGAUACAGAGGGCGCGGUAACGACGAGGCUUACAUUUUCACCUAGUUUUCCAAGAUCAAAACCCCUUUUAAUCUGCACAUUCGUAAGCCAAUUGUUUUCGCUCGCUUGCUAUGUGUUCUCUUUUAGUGCUGUUUAUAUAAGACUUGUCAUCUUUCUUUAGAAACUGAAAAAGGAUAUACGAACAGAGAGACAUAUGACUGAUAUAAGAAGAUACGAUUCAUAAGAUAAAAGUCAUAACUGAAACAUUUCCAAAAGCUUCACGCUCUCUACACUUUCAUAAGCGUCACAUCCUCUAUAUGAUCUUGCAAAGUGAAGAUCUGAGAACCCUUAACUGCUUCCAUUCCUUGGAUAUCGACUCUAAUGACUGUGUUCUUCUCGGUAUUGUAGUACACUAGGUACUGUAAGUAUGACGAGUACAAGACAAUCUCAUUCCUCCGAGUCACUCCAACAAAGCGUACAAAGCUUCCAUCAACACUUUCUUCAGGCCCAAGAGAAGCUAACCUACCAUUAUAGUUCACCAGAGUUGCACUACGACGAAAAUUAGUGUACCCGUCAGUGUCUUUAACACAUCUAAACUUCUCAGACCUCACAUCAAAGAAAACGAUGAUGUAAUAAUCCUCAUCCCCCCAAAACUUCCUCGCUGGAUAAUAAAGAACACCAUCGAUGCAAACAUAAUGAUUCAUGUAAAGCAGAUUAUGAUCUAUGGAACAUUCAAUCUUUCUCCAACCUCCUCCUAGUGUUAACACCUGGUGCUCCUCUGUGAGCUGAUAUCGAUUACCGUAAAUCUCCCAGGUCAUGGACAGAACCUUGUACUGUUUCUCAACCGGGUCAUACCCGAAAAGGCUUCUUACUCC